AUGUUUUCUGUAUCUCUGGCUGGCAACUUGCAUGAUUGCGCUGAUCAUGGCCUGCCAGCAAGCUAUUUGCCUUGUCCCAAUGAAGGUGUUCCAUUGUGCUGUGACGGGAGGUAUGAAGCCUCAUUGGAAACCAUGUGUCAACAUCCGAACUUGUUCCCAUGCAGAAGAGUUCUUGACUCAAGCAGCAUCUCCUCGCCGUAUUCAGAUGUGCCACUUACCAGUUGGCCUAUGUUGAUGACACACGAUGCCGCUACCGGGUACAUGCAAGGUUCAUUGGAUCCUAGGGUUGUCUGGGGUCAAACGCAGCCUUCCUCCACGCAAGCUUUCACGUCCCAGCUGGAUUGUGGAGCGCGAGCCUUUGACAUGCGGCCGCACGUUACCAAGAAGGGCGAUCUGGUUUUUCAUCAUGGUGAUGUUGAGGUGUCGCAAGAUGCCGAGAAGUCGAUAGCAGAGAUCGUGCAGUGGGCACACCUGCAUCCCAGUUUGGAGGAUUUUGUGUUAAUAUACAAUUGGGACUGCACCGGCAUGAAUUGCAGCGACCGUUUCGAAGGACUGCUUGGAAAGUACAACUUGAGGACUCUUACAGAUUGCAGCAAAUUGAACCAAACACUCAGUACAGCAGCAUCUAUGGCAAAAUUGCCUCAAGGAGGCCACGUUCUCGUUGUGAGUGGUUGUGUGUCACAAAAGUGCAAUGCAAGUCUGGCGUGCUCUGGAUUUGAUAAGUCUUUGGAUGCGGUACCGUUUACGCACACUUUGCCAGCAGAUUGUCGGGCGCUGGAAAAUGCUUCGUUCGAUGAGCAGCUCCGUUGCGGACACGCACUGCAGCAGUCCAACAAUCCAGCUGCGCUGGCCUUUGGUUAUUACCACUGCUGGGUUGGCGAUUCUGGACAUGAUUUUGCUGUCCAGCGCCUCAUGGAUUAUUUGGUGCAAGUAGCCUCGAGCCCUCCACCCGGUGACAGCUUCACGGAGCUUCAAGCUUUAUGGCAGGAAACCCCUCAGUCAGUGGCGAUUGGCAUAGCGCAUUUCAGCUCUCUGCUCAAGGACGAGGAGCGUAGCAAGCUCAAUUCCUUCAUGGUGGAGAAGAUUCGAGAUGGAGCCUUCCAGCACAUCAGCUUGUUCGUCCCUCGUCUGCAAUGCUUCAGCUGUUUGCAUGAAGUGCAUGCGCAGGUGGACGCCGGAACUGGUCUGAUGACUUUAGGCUGUAGAUGUGCUGUAAGAAAAGUUCACAAAAGCAGAGCAAGCCAUAACAAUAAUAAUAAAAAUAAUACUAAUAAAAAAUAUUAA